AUGGAUCAAGAACACAUUAAUUCUUUGCAAUUCUUAAACUAUUUCUUGAUAUUGAAAAUUAAGAAUUAAUUAAAUUUAUAUGGAUAUAAAAAGUAGGCAAUCAAAACUAUAUAAUUAAUCAAAACUAUGUAUUAUCUAUUCAUUCUACAAGAUAAAAUAGGAAAAUGA